AUGUCGUCGUUGUUGGCGGACGCGUCAGCAGAAGGUGAUGACUUGUGCAUUUCGUCGGUGUACGCAAUCAAGUCGCAAGCUGCAACGGUCUGUUUGGUUCAACCAGUCAGGAAGAAGCUUUGCUGGGGAGGCAUUGACGUCAGCAUGGAAAUAGACACUGGCUCUCCUGUCUGCGUCAUUCCUCGGAACGUGUAUCUUCAGUGCCGAAACCGCUGGCCUAGCCUUGCAAAAAGUGAACUGAGACUGAAUUGUUAUCUCGGGAAAUUGCCCAUCUUAGGAGAGCUGCAUCUGGACGUUGCUUUCCAGGGCCGCACGGUUCCUGCAAACCUGGUGGUGUUGGAUUGCCUUGGACCCAGCCUUUGUGGCCGGGAUGUAAUCAACAAGUUGAACUUGCUUGGCGCAGAAGUGGCCUCUGUUUCCGCUCACCGAGACCACCAGGAUUUGGAAUCCCUGCUGAGCGACUUCCAGGACCUGUUCGAGCCCGGUCUAGGAGCCAUCGAGGGGCCCCCCGUACAUCUCUACCUGAAGGAAGGAGCUCGCCCGAAAUUCAUGAAGGUCCCAACCAUUCGCCCUCAUGCUGCCGUGUGGUACCGGAACUUCGGGCAAGGUGAAAAAUGGUUGCCCGGGGUGGUGGAGAGCAACCACGGCGCUGGCAUGACUGUGGUAUCUACUCCCGGAGGCAACGUCCGCCGUCAUCUCGAUCAACUGCGGUUACGGGAGGUCAAGGCGGAAACCAGCGAGGCACCCGCCGCCAGCGGUUCAGCAGUACCUGCACCCUCUCCCAGGAGCCCUGCUGACCAGUUGGCCCGAGCCGCAGCCGCCAGCGGUUCAGCGGUACCUGUACCCUCUCCCACGAGCCCUGCUGACCAGUUGGCCCGAGCCGCGGUACCUGCAGCCUCGGCCAAGAGCCCUGCGAACGAGUUGUACGGCGACGCCACGACCUCAAGCGAGCCCGAAGACAGCUGUGUGCCGUUCCAGCUGCGACGGUCCACUCGGACUCGGAAACCCAUUGAUCGCCUUCAAUUAUAA